AACGAAAAGGCAACCAUGCAGAAUCUUAACGAUCGCCUGGCUAAUUAUCUGGACCAGGUGAAAAGACUGGAAGAUGAAAAUUGUCAGCUUGAGAUCUGGAUCAAAGAAUGGUAUCAGAAGCAUGGUGAUAUUGGACCAGACAAGGACUAUAGUUGCUAUUACCAAGAAAUUGACCAACUCUACAAUGAGCUUAUUGCUGAAACAGAUGAUUAUAACAAAAUUAUACUGAAUAUUGAUAACACCAGGAUGACUGCUGAAGAUUUUAAGUUGAAAUAUAACACUGAAGCUGGUCUCUGUAAGAAUGUGGAAGCUGACAUUAAUGGAUUGCGCCCACUCUUGGAUCAACUCACUCUUGCCAAGUCAGAUCUGGAAAUGCAAUUUGAAUCUCUCAGAGAAGAGCUGAUAUGUCUGAAGAAGAAUCAUGAGGAGACACUGAGAGGGCUCCGAGGCCAGAGAGGGCAUGGUGAUGUCAGUGUUGAAGUGAAUGCUGCCCCUGGACAAGACUUGAAACAACGUUUAGAUCAGCUCCGGUGUGAAUAUGAAAACAUCAUUGAACAAAACCGAAAAGAGGUUGAAGUCUGGUAUGAAACCAAGAUGGAAGAGGUUCGCCAACAAGUGAGUACAAGUGAUCAGGAGAUAACUUCAAGCAACCAUCAACUUUCAGAGCUGAGACGAGAGUACCAAACCCUUGAGAUUGAGCUCCAGUCUCAAAUUAGCAUGAUUCAGUCUCUGCAAACCAAUCUGGAGGAUACAGAACGUCGGUACAACAUGCAACUGCAACAAAUUCAGGCUAUGAUUGAACCCGUAGAAGGAGAAUUGGCUAGCAUCCGGUGUGAGAUUGAAAGUCAGAAUCAAGAAUAUCAGCUGCUCCUUGGCAUCAAAACUCGUCUGGAACAGGAAAUCUGUCAGUACCGCCGAUUGCUUGAGGAAGGACAGCAAGAAAUGUAUGUUGACUAGGAGAUGUAGAAAAUGUGAAUUGAUUGCUUUCCAAACAAGAGUUAAGAGUCUGGGCUCUUGAACAAAGCAUGUUGAUAAUCAUUUAUCAUUAAAUCACAAACAUCUCUUGAAAGAUUCUAGUCCUUUUAGGAUGUCAUAUUAUACUUGAAAGGUGAGCAUUCUGCAUAACCUUAACACAAACCUUACUGACAUUGCUUCAGUGACUUUUUUUUUAAUCAGAAGUUACCAUUGCCUCUAGAGUAUAGUAAUACUGCAGAUUAUCAGUUCACAUGAAAGCCAAGAAGGGUAGAGUUGAGUUAUACGCAAACUCCAGUCUUGUUGACUUCCCUGUGAACUGAAAUUCAGCAGUAUUAAAUAUCACUGGCAUAAACAGGACAAGAAACAGAGGUUAUGCAAUCUACUUUGUAGAUGGGAAAUCUACCUGUAUAAUGUCUAAAGAAGGCCUGAGUAUUAAGAAGGGAAAGGGUGAUGAAUAAGUAUGGUGAACAAAGCUACAAUAUUGCCUUGAAUUGACUUAGACCACUAGUCCACAUAGACAAAUAUUGACAAAACUAGAGCUGCUCUCCUAGAAUUCAGGUAGAAUUCUUUCCCAGAUUAAAUCAUAGUAUAUUUUUGAGCAUGAAGGAAGCUUGGAAGUUGAUGCUAAGUCAUAACAGUUACUUUAUUUGAGGGGUGGGUAAGAGUUUCUGUUAGUGGUUGAUGGAUGGAUGGAUUAUAUUUCUCUUCUUCCAGUGGCUCAGGAGGAUUUGGAGGCGGAUAUGGAGGUGGUAGAAGAGGUGGAGGAAGCAUCAGCGGAGGAGGCGUUUGUGUAGGAGGAGGUGUCAGCGGAGGAAGCCUUGGUGGAGGAGGCGUUUGUGUAGGAGGAGGUGUCAGUGGAGGAAGCAUCAGCGGAGGAGGCCUCAGUGGAGGAGGACAUAUUGGAGGAGGAAGUUCUUCACGUCCUCAGUCCUAUCCUACAUCUUCACAUUCCCAGGCAUGCAAAACAGGUGAGAAUGAUCAUGACCAACAUGUU